AUGGCGCCUCGAAAGCGCGUGCGACCAAAUUCUUCCACCGCGAGCUCUACGAGCCUUCCUGCACCAAACCCCGCGACGCCUGCUACUACGUCACCGGCGCCUCCCAUGCUGGACACCACGACAUCCUCGGUAGGACAACGCGAUAUGCCGACCUCCAGUGGCGUCAAACACAACACAACCCCCAAGACACCAUCUAACGGACCGAAGGAGGUGCGCAAAAGCCGAAGCUGGUAUGGAUCUUGGCCGCGUGCACCCAAAUCGUCCGCACUGGUGCCCCAGAUUGCCCGGGAGACGAUCCUUGGUGGCACUAAUCGGCCACCGAGCACAUCUGACUUGAGACGCUUCGAUUCCAAGAAGAGUACCGACGCGUCGAGCCUUGAAGGGGCAACGGCUUCAGCAGCGACUCUGCCCAACAUUUUGGAAAGCACUUCGGCGAAUGGAGACUCGGAACGGAUGGACACUGAGAUGACGAAUGGCCCAGCAGACCAGGAAACAAUGGAUGGGAAGGACGUGCCUGCGGAGGACCAGGCAAAAGAGGAGAACACGAUAUCUCAGGAUGUUGAAAUGAAAUCAUCGCCCGAAAGACCCUUAACGGCGACAGGAUGGUUCGGAUGGUUGGGCAGGACGCAGCUGUCCGACUCGAACUCACUGCCGCCAGCUGCACAUGAUACAAUAACGAAUGAGCCGCCCAAAGAGCCUGAAACAGCAUCAGCGCCGAUUGCAGAUCCAAGGUCGGAGAGACCAUCGACACCGAACCCAGAGCCACAAACUGAUCCGGAGCGUCAGGCGCCUCCCACCGCCUCCACUUGGUUUGGUUUCUGGUCUGCCGCGACACCCCAGGCGGCUGCCGAAGGCCAACCCCAGACUCCUCAAACUCCGGUUCCUGGACCUAGAGUUGACCCAGAAUCACAACCUCAAGACGUGUCGAUGACCGACGCGCCGGAACCUACGGCUGUUCAGUCGCCACCGCCACCGGCUGGCUCGACGUGGGCAUUCUGGUCAAGAGAUGUAAAGCCCAAGGCUGACGGCAAGACGCCGCAGCCAGAAACCGGAGAGAUGGCUGUCAUCGGACAAGGAUCAGAGGCUCAUCCUGAGCCGGCACAGGGUAUCGUCACAUCACAAACGACUGAUUCAACGAAGGAUUUCAAAACCAAGCUCAAGGCUGCGACGAUAGGCACGGCGGCCGGGAAAAAGAAUAAGAGACUCCGACCUCAGUCCAUGGAUAUGGAUGACGCAUCUAUGCGAACAGGCACGGCGACACCACAGCCUGUAGCAUCGUCCAAAUCAUCCAUCGCAGAAUCUGUGCAAGAAAGCCCAGGCAAGCCUGCAGCGACCAAGCCGGCGUCUAUUUCCGAGUUGCCCGCCAAGUCGCUGCCGCCUAAUCUGCUGCUCCCGUCUUUUGGCAGCACAUAUCACAUGAAGGAAAAUCCAUCCAUCUUGAAGCAGAUCACACAGCUUCUCCUUCGUACACAACAACCUGCUACGAACCAUGUCUUCCGAGUGAAAGAAACGCCAAAGGUGAAGAAGGCCAUUGCCAUCGGUGUCCACGGCCUGUUUCCUGCUACAUACCUUCGGCCCAUGGUCGGACAGCCGACGGGUACGUCUCUGCGUCUCGCAAGCCACUGCGCCGAGGGUAUCAGGAGGUGGGCCGAUGCUCACGGAUGUGGAGAUUGCGAAAUCGAGAAGGUUGCUCUCGAGGGAGAGGGCAAAAUUGCAGAUCGCGUGGACAACCUGUGGAAGCUACUUCUUAACUGGAUUGAGCCCUUGCGAAGCGCAGACCUGAUCAUUCUCGCUUGCCACUCGCAAGGUGUGCCUGUGGCGAUCAUGCUGGUGGCCAAGCUCAUUGAUUUAGGCAUCAUAACAAACGCAAGAAUCGGAGUCUGCGCCAUGGCUGGCGUAUCGCUCGGUCCGUUUCUUGACUACAGAUCCAGUAUGGGCAUGCUUAUGGGCACGGCCGCCGAGUUGUGGGACUUUUCCAACUCAGAGAGUGAGGUGUCUAGACGAUACGAAACUGCCCUCAAGGAAGUUCUGGAUUACGGUGCAAGAAUCACCUACAUUGGAAGUAUCGACGACCAGCUGGUGCCCAUGGAGUCGGCCAUAUACUCUCCCGCGUCCCACCCCUACAUCUACCGCGCUGUCUUCAUUGACGGUCGCAUUCACGCCCCUGACUUUAUCGCCCACUUAGUGGGCUUUGCACUGAAGCUCCGCAAUCUCGGUGUCUCCGACCACGGCCUCAUCCGUGAGCUCUCCACGCCGCUCGCCGGCUCCCUCUACUCAGGCGAGGGGCACUCACGACUCUACUACGAUGAGCAAGUCUACGACCUCGCCGUCUCUCACGCGCUAGAGACGACCAACGUCCCCCCACACGUGACGAAUCGCCACUGCCAGAUACGGCACCCUCACCGGCCAGACUCUGCUGGUACCAAUAAAACGACGGGUGGGCCUGGCCCUCUCACGAACCCUAACCCUUACCACCUACCGUGGAUCAUGCGUGGCCUCCUUGAAGAGGACUUUGUCAAAACGGAGCUCUCGGCGGAGACGGAGGAGCUCCUCCGCCAGUUUGACGACUGGAAGCCCACAACCAAGGCGCUGAAGGACGUCAAGUACCGGCUGGAAGCCGUGCGAUCGAAGCUCUGA